AUGGAAGCAGUUGUGCCGGCGGCGGAGACGUCGGCCGGGCUCCGGCACCUGAGCGGUGCGUCCCCGGCGGGUCGGGACGAGGACGUCAGGCGGGAGGUCAGACAGGAGAUUGAUUGGAGCGUCAUCGUGGGCAGCGUCCUCGGCAGGGACCGCCAGCUUCGCCCAGCGAGGCCGGGGCCGCCCUCAGCAUCGGCAGCGCUCCGGGACGAUGCGCCGGGGCCGGGCCCCUCGGGCAGCGCUGCGGCCUCGGCGACGGGCGCGGCUGGCGACGCGGCGACGCCUAUCGACGUCGACGCCCCGCCGCCGUCCGGGCCGUCCCGGCCGCAGCAGCCGCCGGCCGACGACGUUUGCCCUGUUUGCCCCGAGGACGACGAUGCCGAUGGAGGUGGUGGCGACGACCUCGACGAAGGCGUGCCCUCGGCUUUCCGCCCGCAGGGGGUGCCUGAGGUCCGCUGCCCCCAUUUCUCCCUCGCCGACCCUACCGUCGCUGUUGGGUGCUCCCGCUGUCUGCCGACCUGGGCGGGUCCUCGAGGUUUUGGCAACGCAGACGAGGCGCGCUCCUUCACCCGCCUCGCCACCCACCUCAACAGCGAGUUCGCCUCGCAUCAGCUUGGCGCCGACCUCUUCGAGACGGAGUGCAUGGACAUGGGCGUGUACCAGUGCCCGAUCCCCGGAUGCGGCAAAUGGUGCGCGACCGUUGGAGCCAAGUGCGGCCUUUAUCAGCAUCUCUUCAAAUGCGACCGGUCCUACCGAGGCGACGCGGGCGACCCGCGUUGGAAGGAUGGUCGCGAAGGCUUCAUGCGGCUCCUGCAGCAGCAGGCUCGACCGGGCUCAGCGGCGCACUACUUUCGGACCGUGUGCUACGCGCGCAAGCAGCCGCAGGCGGACAGGCGCGCCAAGCACGCCCGGUGGGUCGCGGACACGGCGAAGGCGCGGUCCAGGGAGGAGGAGGGCGCCGAGGGUGACCCCGAGGCUCGGCGCCGGGCCAGGGCGGCCUCCGACGCUGCGCGCAAGGCCGCUUUCCGCGACCGCGGGUCCCAGCACGUCAUCUCCAGCCCCGGGGCGCUCGACAGCUCGCACACGCGCCUCGAGGGUCCCAUCCUCGCUCGGCACGCCGAGGAGGCGCUCCAGCAGGUCGACCCGCUGUGGCAGUACCUCCUCCGCUGCUAG